AUCCUCAGGCCUGUUUGCGCGGUUUGCACAGAGAACAUGUUCUCACUCCGAUGCCAUCACCACCCUGCACAAGCAUCUUACCUGUUUGUCAUAGCAGGCUUCUCCUUCAGCAAAGUUCAUGAAGGCCGUCGCUAAGAAACUUCUCUUCUCCAUGCAUGCUCUCGUGGUCACGGCAGAACUCUUGUGAGGUGCCUAAUAUAUAUAGCAUGAAUCCAGUGGCUUCGUGAAGCCUAACCUACACACGUACUGACCGGCAUGCUCGUGCUUCCGCCAAUCCGCCUCUGCUCCCAUUCCCUUACUACCCGCCCGCAGCGGCGUUCAUUGCCUUCGGGAACUCACCUCUCGUCGCGCUACGCAUCGUUAUCUUCGCUCGGCUUACACAAAGCGAAGUCCAAAAAGCCAGAUAGCGGUCAAGGACACCGUGUCGCUUUGUUCUGGGACUACGAGAACAUCCCGGUGCCAUCAACCCCGGCCAACGUCCGUGGACUGAUUGUCCAACAAUUAUGCCAACUUGCACGAAAAUACGGGAGAGUCGAUGUGCUGCGCCUAUACACGGGCAUAUGGAGCGCCAACUCGGAAAAGAAUACGCUUCUUCGAAAAGCGAUGCAUGCGGAGGGCAUGGAGCUCGUCAUGUGCGAACACGGCGGCCUUCGACAGGUGGUCGACACCAAAAUAAUGGCCGAUAUCGAUGCAUAUACGAGGUUAUUUCCGCCUCCCGCGACAAUCAUUAUCGUCUCAGGCGAUAAGGAUUAUUUACCAACGGUCUCCGAGCUUAUAAGGAAGCAAUUUCAAGUAGUCGUAGUGUGCCCCAAAACGGCACAGCCUCGUUUCACGGCAAUCCAGAAUUGCAAGACAAGGAGAUGGCCGGAAGACCUGGCGAAGGCAUAGAUGUCGGUGAGAAAUGGCGACGGUGGUUCGCUGCACCCGAGUCGACGCAUGUGAUACCCUGCGUUCCUGUGUCUCCCAGCGAAUGCCGUUCUUGCUUCUUGGGCUUGAAUACUUGGUAUCCGAUGCUUGUAUAUACGGUUUGGCUGUAGCCCAGUGGCAGAGGUCGAUGAAUCGGGAACGCGGACUAAUGCAUAGGAAGUCAAGAUGUUUUUCAGGUUCGCGACCGUUUGACGCUGAUCAAGACAGAAUACUAGCAGCUAG